AUGGCGGCGACGGCAGCAGUGCGUUCUUGGCGCCGGGCAUUCGCGCUGCUCCUGCAGCUGCAUCUGAUUCAGCUGCGCGGCGCGCGGUCGGCGACGUUCACCAUCGCCAACAGCUGCGGCUACACGGUGUGGCCGGGGCUGCUGUCCAGCGCGGGCUCCGCGGCGCUGCUCAGCACGGGGUUCGCGCUGGCGCCGGGGGAGUCCCGUGCCGUGUCGGCGCCAGCGGGGUGGUCGGGCCGCCUCUGGGGCCGCACGCUCUGCGCCGCUGACGCCGCCACGGGGCGGUUCUCCUGCGCCACGGGGGACUGCGGGUCCGGCGACGUGCAGUGCAACGGCGGCGGCGCCGCCACGCCCGCCACGCUGGCGGAGUUCACGCUGGACGGCAGCGGCGGGCUCGACUUCUACGACGUCAGCCUCGUCGACGGGUACAACCUGCCCAUGGUCGUCGUGCCCACCACCAGCGCCUCCGCCACGGCAACCGGCGGCAAGUGCGCGGCGACGGGGUGCGCCGCGGAGCUGAACGCGGCGUGCCCGGCGGGCCUGCGGGUGGAGGCCGCGGCGGACGGCGGCCCCGUGGCGUGCCGGAGCGCGUGCGACGCCUUCGGGGACGCGCAGUACUGCUGCAGCGGCGCUUAUGGGAAUCCUAACACAUGCCGCCCAUCAACGUACUCCCAGUUCUUCAAGACGGCGUGCCCGCGCGCCUACAGCUACGCCUACGACGACGCCACCUCCACAUUCACCUGCGCCGCCGGCAGCACAGACUACACCGUCACCUUCUGCCCUGUAGUGCCCACCAGCGUGAAGUCGACGGGGCUGAACCCGCAGGCCGCCGGGCUGCCGCAGCAGCUGAACAACGGCACCACCAUGGUCUUCUUCGGCGGCAACGCGCAGACCAGCAGCGCCGCCGCCGGCGCAUCCGCCAACCUUCUCUACGCCGUCACCAUCACCGUGGCGGCCGUCGCGCGCGCGCUCUCGUGUGAGCGCACCCGGUCCGGUGCUACCGCAGCACUAGGUUGA